AAUUCAUAAAAUGUGCAUAUUCAUAAGAAAUAUGCAUUUGCACUUACGCAACAUGAUUUAUGAGAACAUGUUUCUUGAUCAGUCUCCUCCCUACGUUUAGUGCGCAGUAAUGUUUGCCUUUCAUUGUAUGCUAACCAGUCCAACCUCUAUGUAUUAGGUACAAUGUGUGUGCGUGUACGUCCAUGUGUUCAUAAGGGCCCCUGAUGCUCCAAACACAAGUACCAGCUCUCACCUUGACUUGCAUCUCUUUUAAUGCCUCUCAGACCACAGCUCCAGCAGAUCCCCCAGACCCCCAGCAGCCAGACGAGCCAACGGAUGAGCACUUACUGUACGUGAAGAAGACCUCAGUGGGCCGUACACAUUCUCUGCCCAAUGACAGCUACAUGUUCCUGCCGCUGCAGCCCAACUCAACCCACAGUACCCACACAACCUCACCUCAACUCGUUCAGACAGGGUCUACAGGCUCUAUCCAGUCUCAAACAGAAGAACCCACACUGCACUUGACUGUGCCCACUGAUCUGUUCAGACCGAUCAGUCCUCAUAGCUUAUCAGAUUCAGAGAGCAUCCCACGAAUCCCCCCACCUCGCCGGGCACACUCUCUCUCACGAACCCUACGCAGACAGGUGAGCUCAGGUUCAGUCUUCUCAGUCCUUUCACUGCUUCCUUUGAAAUGUGUUUUGCUUACAGAGACUAUUUCUAUUUUCACAUGUUAAUGCACUCU